GGCGUUGCCCUCGUCCUCCACCAUGAUGCCUCUGCCCUGCCCUGAUUCGCCGCGAGCCUGCCAACCUGACCCUCUUUGUAUCCCUUGUACUUGAUCAGCGCUCGCGCCUGCAGACAGCUGCCCUACCUGGAAUAUCAUGAUGCUCUGCUGCCUUUACUCUGCCCGUCGUAUCUUCUGAGCGCUGUCUCGAAGCCGCAAUAUACGGGGCAUGACACUGCACGCGCGGUAGGCACCCGUCGAUUCUUCGCCAGUGAACGCUGUCUUGUGCUGGCUGCGAGCCCGCCUUAGGCACCAUCGGCAUCACCACCAGCAUCACCAUCAGCAUCACCACCACCACCACCAGCAUCGUCCUCGUACCCCUCUCCCCCAACCCCCCGUCUGCCGCCAUGUCCUCCUCGCCCUCGACCAAGCGCAGCUUGAAGCCUUCACCCAUCGCCGCCAACGUGCACCCGACCCUUCAGUCGUCUGGGCCCCCAGAGCUGGCUAGCCUACAGCCAGCGACGUCAUUGCCUCCGGCCAACCCAGACGCACAUGGUGGCUCUCAGCAGCCACAAUCGUCGCCCGUGAGCCGAAAGCGCAAGUCAGUGACACUCGGACAGUCGCAGGAAGCCAUGGCGGGUACGACGGAGGGUGCAGAGGGCCGGGCAAGCAGUGCAGCAUUGCCAGCGCCUCUGCCGCCGCCGCCUCCGCCGCCGCCGCCGCCGCCGCCGCAGCCGCAGCCGUCGUCUCGUGCGGCAGAGGGAGAGGCGGCGCAGGAGCCAAAGGCUAAAAAGAGCCGCACCAACACGCCGUGGACGCCGGCCGAGGAGUUGAGGUUGAAGCAGAUGCGGGACGCCGGUAACAGCUGGAGCGAGAUUGCAAAGACGUUUCCGCAACGGACCGAGGGGAGUGUGAAGAAGCACUGGUAUAAGGACAUGCACUACGCCGAAUUUGCAGAAGACGAAAGCGCGGCGCUGCUUGCCGCUAUCAAGGAGUACGACGCCAACAAGUGGAAGGUCAUCGGGCAGAAGGUCGGCAAACCUGCAAAAGCAUGCGAGCAGUACGCCAAGGAGAACUUUGGUGGGAAGUACUGAGCGAUGCAACAAGCACGGCAAAGGGCCUGCAUCUUGCCGGAACUAGCGGGGUGGGGCCAGCAGGAGGAGAAGGAGGAGGAGGAGGAGGAGGAGGAGGAUAAUGAUGAUGAUGAUACCAGCUUUUUUUCUGUUUCUGUUGCUCUUGUCCUCGUUGUCGUCGCAUGCACACAACUGCUGCGGGCAUCCGCUUGUUCCUUUGUUGGGGGGUUGGGGGGUUGCAGUAAGUAAUGGCGGCGUACACCAAGGAAGGAAUGGGUUGUUGCCAUGUCCUUUUCUUCGCACCAAACUUGCUUUGGGUUCUUUUUGUGUUAUUAGUAGUAAUGUGGCCAAGGUUCUUG